CAUCCACAAACAAGCUUAUGUGAAAAUUCGAAGGAAGAAUUCCAAAGAGGCAUGCCAGAGAAGGAAGUUUCCAGAGUGCAAGGGAUUCAGAGAAGACUGCAGUGGGACUGUCUCUGAGAGGGAGCAUUUACAUCACCCGUUCUUGACGGGUUUACCUUCUGGGACUCUGACCUUGGGCUGCUGCUGGGACGUUUGUCUUGGACUUGUCCUCUGGGCUGGUCACUUAAGAAUUUCCCUGGAGCGUGACUUCAAAUAUGACACUUCAGUAAUGCAGAAGCUGUAUCCUCCGUGGGCCUAUCUUGGAAGCUAGAUCUGCAGCUGCCCUUCAGUCAUGAUUGUUUCAAGAUUAAAGGCCAUUUCCCUGUCAUUGCCAAGCCUUUUUCUUCUUGCUUUUCAUCUCUCGGCAUCACAGAAUGUACCUGAAUACACUGAAGCUGAGCAUCAGCAAUGUGUUAGGAAAGAACACCCCACAAUUGCUUUUGAAGAUCUGAAGCCCUGGGUGUCGAAUUUCACCUAUCCAGGUGUGCAUGACUUUUCUCAGCUUGCACUGGAUGCCAACAGGAACCAGCUCAUUGUGGGAGCAAGGAACUACCUCUUCAGACUUAGUCUACACAACAUUUCUCUUAUUCAGGCAACAGCAUGGGGUUCAGAUGAGGACACCAGGAGGUCCUGUCAAAGUAAAGGGAAAACAGAGGAAGAGUGCCAGAACUAUGUCCGAGUGCUGAUUGUUUAUGGCAAGAAGGUUUUUACCUGUGGUACCAAUGCCUUUUCACCGGUGUGUUCCAGUCGACAGGUAGGAAAUCUCAGCAAAAUCAUUGACAGGAUUAAUGGAGUGGCUCGGUGCCCAUACGACCCUCGGCAUAACUCGACAGCUGUGAUUACAUCACGAGGAGAACUCUAUGCUGCAACUGUGAUUGAUUUUUCUGGACGGGAUCCUGCUAUUUACCGCAGCCUUGGAAAUGUUCCCCCACUUAGGACAGCACAAUACAACUCCAAAUGGCUCAAUGAGCCUAACUUUAUUGCUGCCUACGACAUCGGCUUGUUCACCUACUUCUUCUUCCGUGAGAAUGCAGUGGAACAUGACUGUGGGAAAACAGUGUAUUCUCGUGUGGCAAGGGUUUGCAAAAAUGAUAUUGGAGGGAGAUUUUUGCUGGAGGACACAUGGACAACUUUCAUGAAGGCCAGACUGAACUGCUCCCGGGCUGGAGAAAUCCCUUUCUAUUACAAUGAAUUGCAGAGCACCUUCUACCUUCCAGAGCAAGAUCUGAUCUAUGGUGUCUUCACUACUAAUGUAAACAGCAUAGCUGCCUCAGCAGUGUGUGCCUUCAAUCUGAGUGCCAUUACUCAGGCAUUUAACGGCCCCUUCCGCUACCAAGAAAACCCAAGAUCAGCCUGGCUGCCAACGUUAAACCCCAUCCCUAAUUUCCAGUGUGGGACUCUGAACGAUGACAGCCCUAACGAGAACCUGACGGAGCGAGUCCUGCAGGACGCACAGCGCCUGUUCCUGAUGAACGAUGUGGUGCAGCCUGUGACUGUGGAUCCCUACGUGACUCAGGACAGCAUGAGAUUUUCCAAACUGGUGGUGGAUAUUGUUCAGGGAAAGGAUACUCUCUACCAUGUAAUGUAUAUUGGAACAGAGUAUGGCACCAUCUUGAAGGCCCUUUCUACCACUAACAGGAGUCUGAGGAGUUGUUAUUUAGAGGAAAUGCAGAUCCUCCCUGAUGGACAACAGGAAGCAAUCAAGAGUCUCCAAAUCCUACACAGUGACAGAUCACUCUUUGUGGGUCUAAAUAAUGGAGUGCUAAAAAUUCCUUUGGAGAGAUGCUCCAUGUACAGAACAGAAGGGGAAUGCCUGGGAGCCAGAGACCCUUACUGUGGCUGGGAUAGCAAGCAGAAGCGAUGCACCACCAUUGAGGACAGCUCCAACAUGAGCCUCUGGAUCCAAAAUAUUACUGAGUGCCCAGUGAAAAACCUGACAACAAAUGGAAGACUGGGGCCUUGGUCCCCAUGGCAACAGUGUGAGCAUUCAGAUGGGGACAGCACAGGCUCCUGUAUGUGUAGGUCACGUUCGUGUGACAGCCCUCGUCCUCGCUGUGGAGGUCGCAGCUGUGAAGGGGCCAGGAUUGAGGUCGCAAAUUGUUCAAGAAAUGGCGCUUGGACACCGUGGUCGUCCUGGGCCCCGUGCAGCACCUCCUGUGGGAUCGGCUUCCAGGUGCGGCAGCGAUCCUGCAGCAAUCCCGCCCCGCGCUACGGGGGCAGGGUCUGCGUUGGGCAGAGCAGGGAGGAGAGAUUCUGUAAUGAGAACAGUCCAUGUCCAUUACCGAUUUUUUGGUCUUCAUGGGGACCUUGGAAUAAAUGUAGCGUGAAUUGUGGAGGAGGGAUUCAUUCAAGACAGAGGUCCUGUGAAAAUGGAAACACAUGUCCAGGCUGUGCUGUGGAAUAUAAGACCUGCAACCCGGAGAGCUGCCCGGAGGUGCGCAGGAACACGCCCUGGACGCCGUGGAUGCCCGUGAACAUCACCCAGAGCGGCGCGCGCCAGGAGCAGCGCUUCCGCUACACCUGCCGGGCGCAGCUCCCCGACCCCCACGAGCUGCAGUUCGGCAGGAAGAAAACCGAGAGCCGCUUCUGCCCCAACGACGGCUCCGCAGUGUGCGACACUGACUCUCUUGUUGAUGACCUCCUCAAGACUGGUAAGACCUCUGCCCGGAUUAUCAAUGGGGGCUGGUCCUUUUGGGGGGCCUGGUCUUCCUGCUCCAGGGACUGUGAGCUGGGCUUUAGGAUUAGGAAGAGAACAUGCACAAACCCUGAACCUAAAAAUGGUGGCUUGCCCUGUGUGGGGUCAGCGAUGGAGUACCAAGACUGCAAUCCUCACCCCUGCCCAGUGAAAGGCUCGUGGUCCUGCUGGACUCCCUGGUCUCACUGCUCAGCCACCUGUGGGGGUGGGCACUACCAGCGCACACGGACCUGCACCAACCCAGCUCCGUCCAGCGGGGAGGACAUCUGCAUCGGGCUGCACACCGAGGAGGCCCUCUGCAACACACACCCCUGCCAAGGUGGCUGGUCAGAGUGGUCGGAGUGGAGCCUGUGCAAUGAAGAGGGCCUCCAGUACCGCAGCCGCUACUGCGAGGUGCACAGCCCCGACUCCUCCCAGUGCGUCGGGAACAGCACUCAGUUCCAGGACUGCCUGUACAAUGAAAUUCCUGUGAUCCUGCCAGCCUCCAGCAUCGAUGAGAGCACAAACUGUGGAGGUUUUAGUCUCAUCCAUCUGAUUGCCACUGGGGUCUCCUGUUUCUUCGGCUCCAGCCUGUUAACGUUUGUGAUUUACGUGUACUGCCAGCGCUGCCAGAGGCAGUCCCAGGAGUCCACUGUCAUCCACCCAACCACUCCCAACCAUCUCCAUUACAAGGGCAAUACAACCCCCAAGAAUGAGAAGUACACCCCUAUGGAGUUCAAGACACUUAACAAGAAUAACUUGAUACCAGACGACAGGACCAACUUCUACCCGCUGCAGCAAACCAAUGUGUACACAACAACCUAUUAUCCCAGUACACUGAAUAAAUAUGAUUACAGGCCCGAGGCCUCCCCUGGAAGGACCUUUACCAACAGCUGAUGAUGGACAGAUCCUAUGGGAC